CCAGUUUUACACAAAAUUCGCGCUUCCCUCGGAAAUUUUUGCUUUUCCCACUAUUUUUUUCCAUUAUAUUUGCAAAUGGAGAAAACUGAUAUAAUAUUGUGGGUCGGGUCGUACACUUUGAUCAUUCUGGUAUUUUGUUUAAUUUUCUGUCUUAGACAUAAACAGGAUCGAGAGCGGGAAAAUGAACAAGAUCGGGAACGAGAACGUAUACGAGCAGGUCGAAUUCGAAGAGCUAAUCCCCUCUUACCACUCUCGAAUCACGGACCCCACAUGUGUGCAGAUCCUGGAGCAUUUCAUACAACAGAAACUGGAGAAUCAGAACGUCCAAUAGGAUUUGCACCGGAAGUAAUGAACGGAACAACUGAAAAUGAAGUUCCAUCGGCACCACUUCCUUCGUGCCCGGUGGAAGAUUCACCACCAAGGCAUGAUACUACUUUGGAAUCAUCAUUUUCAGAGCAUCCGUGUAACAAUGAUAUUGAUCCGCCUUCUUAUGAAGAAGUAGUGAGCAAUGAAACUUACUACGAGCAACCGUCCGAGCCAUCCGAGCCUUAAUCUUAAUUAGUAAUGUAAGAACGGAAACUCAAACGCCUCUCUUCCUUCUCAACUCCAACAUGACCAACAACCUCAUUACCUCUCAAAGUAAACAGGAAUCUCCUUAACAACUAAAAAAGACUUAAGAUCAUUCAGAUCAACUGUACAUAAAGACAAAAUCUUCAAAUACGGCUCAGACCGUUUAGACAGGGUAAAAAAGAAACUACAAAACUGCCACCAUCGUUAACCAUUACUACCUCAAGAGCUUGAACAACAAGGAAUCUAGCGAAGCAAUUAUAACUAAGAAUAGGCUACAUUCCUGCCAUUUAAUAUUAAAAUAGAAAAAAAAUGUUACAGGCUAUUUUAUCGCCCUCGAAUAUGAGAAAAACUUCGAAUGAUGUACAAAUAUUCUUUUAAUUUUUGAAUAAAAUGUUAUAUAACUUUGGGAUAUGGA